GGCUUUUGGCGCUAGUGGCAAAGUUUGGGAAUGAUAGAAAGGCUGUUGAAGAUAAUCGCAGAGAGGAGCUGGAAUGCUACUGCUUUGCGGAUUACACUAACAUUUACACGCUGUUUUCUGUAAGCACUCAUCUCUACUGCUUGGCUUCAGCAGGAUCUAAGGUACGCAAUCCUGAGACAUGUCGGAGGACCUGAGCUCUCAAACCUGGUCCAUCAACAAGGAUGACUAUGAGCUGCAGGAGGUGAUCGGAAGCGGAGCUACGGCUGUGGUCCAGGCUGCCUACUGUGUACCCAGGAAGGAAAAGGUCGCCAUCAAACGCAUCAAUCUGGAAAAAUGCCAGACCAGCAUGGACGAGCUCCUGAAAGAGAUUCAGGGGAUGAGCCAGUGUCACCAUCCCAACAUUGUGUCGUACUACACCUCGUUCGUGGUGAAGGAUGAGCUGUGGUUGGUCAUGAAGCUGCUCAGUGGUGGCUCUGUGUUGGAUGUUAUAAAGCACAUCAUUUCAAAAGGGGAACACAAGAACGGUGUACUGGAUGAACCCAGUAUAGCUACUGUGCUGAAAGAAGUCCUUCAGGGUCUUGAGUACCUUCACAAAAAUGGACAGAUCCACAGGGAUCUUAAAGCUGGAAACAUCCUGCUGGGGGAGGACGGAUCAGUGCAAAUCGCAGAUUUCGGUGUAAGUGCCUUCUUAGCCACUGGUGGUGACAUGACUCGAAACAAAGUGCGGAAGACGUUUGUGGGAACGCCAUGUUGGAUGGCUCCAGAAGUGAUGGAGCAGGUGAAAGGUUACGACUUCAAAGCAGACAUCUGGAGUUUUGGGAUCACAGCCAUCGAGCUGGCCACAGGCGCCGCUCCUUACCAUAAAUACCCUCCUAUGAAGGUGUUGAUGUUGACCCUGCAGAAUGAUCCGCCUUGUCUUGAGACUGGAAUCACAGACAAGGAGAUGGUGAAGAAAUAUGGAAAGUCCUUGAGGAAGAUGAUCUCGUUGUGUUUGCAGAGGGACCCAGAGAAAAGGCCGACAUCAUCAGAACUCUUAAAACAUAAAUUCUUCACGAAAGCCAAGAAUAAUGAAUUCCUGCAGGAGAAAUUAUUACAGAAAACACCUACAAUUACAGAGAGAGCGAGAAAGGUUCGGCGAGUUCCUGGCUCCAGUGGGAGACUUCAUAAAACAGAAGAUGGACAGUGGGAAUGGAGUGAUGAUGAACUGGAUGAGGAGAGCGAGGAGGGUAGAGCUGCUGUUGCUGCCUUACGGUCACCAAGAAUAAUAGAAGGACUCACGAAUACAGAGAUAUUCCAGCCUUUCAGCAGUCACCUCCAGCCUGAACUACCUCAAGCUGCUGGCCAGGGCCCGGCCAACACUCAGCAAACUUCCCCAACUACAACCCCAACCCCAGCUGCGAACCCUGCGCAGGCCCCAGUUCCUGGAGCCGAUGCCUCACCAUCCCCGAUCAGUUUAGUAUUAAGGUUAAGAAACUUGAAAAAGGAACUAAAUGACAUACGAUUUGAGUUCAUGCCUGGCAGAGACACAGCAGAUGGGGUUUCUCAGGAGCUGGUAUCGGCUGGCUUGGUAGAUGGGAGAGAUUUAGUUAUAGUGGCUGCUAAUUUGCAGAAGAUAGUCGAAGAGCCUCAUUCCAAUAAAAAUGUCACAUUUAAACUGGCCUCUGGUGUUGAGAGCUCUGAGAUUCCUGAUGAUGUCAAACUCUUGGGAUUUGCUCAGCUCAGCAUUAACUAAACCUUGUCUCUGUGCGGGACCAUGACUUGCCUACAAAUGUGAAAACAAACCAACACUACCAACAGAAUGACACAUUGAUGUAUUUUUUCCUCUUUCAACUGCCCUAAAGAAACCACUGUUGCCAAAGAGAAAAGUACCCUAGCACCAGCCCAUAGGAUUUCAAACGGCCCAGCGGAAGAGUUGCACAAACAUGAGAACGAUCAGAAUUUGUAGGAAUCUAUUAAAAUAAAGUUUAUAAUUUAUUUGUAUAAGGAUGCAAUUAUCAUAACCAGAUAUAACCUUAAUGUUCUUCUAAUGUUUAUCCUUUUCUUCUUUUUUAGUUUGUCCUAGUUUUGCAAAAUCUGAACAGACACCCUAAAAAUGAACGAUGUAAAAAUGUGUCCAAUAUAACUACUUAACUAAU